AUGUGGACAGAAUUGGAUAAGUAUUACACUGAAAUCAAAGGAACACCAACUAGUGCCUGUGAACUCAUGGGCAAAGCAGAAAUGUGGCUCAUGAGAACGUAUUGGGAUUUUAAUUUUCCACAUCCUUUCCUACCCAAUUUUAAGUAUGUUGGUGGGAUUCACUGCAGACCUGCUAAACUUUUACCUGAGGAACUAGAAGAGUUUGUGCAGAGCUCAGGAGAUGUGGGCAUUGUAGUAUUUACACUUGGAUCCAUGAUUAAUAACAUCACUGCAGAUAAAGCCAAUAUGAUCGCUACUGCCCUUGGUCAGAUACCACAGAAGGUGGUUUGGAGAUUUGCUGGAGAGAAACCUGAAAAGCUAGGAGCCAACACAAGAAUUUACAAGUGGAUCCCUCAGAAUGACUUAAUUGGUCAUUCGAAGACUAAAGCAUUCAUUACCCACGGAGGAACAAAUGGAAUCUAUGAGGCAAUCUACCAUGGGGUCCCUAUGGUGGGUCUCCCAAUGUUUGCAGACCAACCAGACAACAUGGUCCACAUGACAGAAAAAGGUGCUGCCAUUUCUUUGGAGUUUAACUUUAUGACAUCAGACAUUUUAAGGGACGCCGUCAACAGAGUCAUAAACGACAAAUCUUAUAAAGCAAAUGCCAUGCGACUGUCAGCUAUCCACCACGACAGACCAAUUAGUCCUCGAGAUGAAGCCGUAUUCUGGGUUGAGUUUACGAUGAGAAACAAAGGAGCCAAGCAUCUACGAGUGGAGGCUCACAAUCUUACCUGGUACCAGUAUCACUGUCUGGACGUGGCCACUUUCCUUCUAGCACAGGAUGGUUUGACUUAUAAGCACACCUGUCUCUGA